UUCUGUUUCCGUUGAAUUCACAACAUCCAAGAUGUCUGCCGCCAUAGCUUCCCUCGCUUCGUACGGUAGCGAUUCAGAUUCCGAAAAUGAGUCUGAAUCCAAUACCAGUCCCGAGAAAGUGGACCCGGACGCUACGGCCCAUCUUAAACCUUUACAGUCUGGACCCACCAUGUCUCUGGCUGUCCUCAACUCUGCCCCGGAGGUCGCCGUGAAGGAAGCUGUUGAGACUGGCAUACAUCUGGACCCGUCAUUGAAAGAAGUCAGCUACAACCCUACAUUUGAAACAAUGUUUGCACCCGAGUUUGGGCCAGUAAAUCCAUAUAAGACCCAACAAAUGGCUGCGCCCAGGAACAUGUUAUCAGGCUACGCAGAACCUGCUCAUGUCAACGACUUCAUGUUCGAACAACAAAGGAGGACUUUCUCCACCUUUGGCUAUGCUUUAGAUCCAUCAAUUGACACAAGCCAAGUAUCUUCUAAUAGCUACAUUGGGGCAGUGGAUGAGGCUGAGAAAAAUAAAGGCCUUACAGUGUUUGAGAGUGGAUCUAAGAAGUCAGAGAAGAGGAAAAAAGUCAAAGGUGGAGACGCAGCAGAAAUAGACAACUUCCUUGGACCAUGGGCAAAAUAUGCAGAUGAGAAAGAUGUGGCCAAACCAUCAGAGGAGGAGCAGAAGGAGCUGGAUGAGAUCACAGCCAAGAGGCAAAAGAAGGGGAGGAAUGAGGAAGAGGCUCCAGCAGAAGAAAAGACCAUUCUCCAUGUCAAAGACAUGUACGACUACCAGGGCAGGUCCUACCUCCACGUUCCACAGGAUGUGGGCAUUAACCUGCGUUCUGCGGAUGUCCCAGAUAAGUGUUACCUGCCCAAGAAACAACUUCAUGUCUGGUCUGGUCACACCAAGGGCGUCAGUGCUAUUCGGCUCUUCCCCUCCUCUGGUCAUCUUCUUCUCUCUUGCUCCAUGGACUGUAAGAUCAAGCUGUGGGAAGUGUACAACGAGAGGAGGUGUAUACGGACAUUUAUCGGCCACAGUAAAGCAGUACGAGAUAUUUGCUUCAACAACAGCGGGAACCAGUUCCUCAGCGCUGCCUACGACCGUUACCUCAAACUCUGGGACUCUGAGACAGGCCAGUGCAUCUCCCGCUUCACCAACAGGAAGGUCCCGUACUGCGUCAAGUUCAACCCAGAUGACGACAAGCAGAACCUCUUUGUGGCUGGCAUGUCAGACAAGAAGAUUGUUCAGUGGGACAUCAGGACAGGCGAGGUGGUUCAGGAGUACGACCGUCACCUGGGUGCUGUGAACACCAUCACCUUUGUGGAUGAGAACCGGCGCUUUGUCAGCACGUCAGACGACAAGAGUCUCAGAGUGUGGGAGUGGGACAUCCCUGUGGACUUCAAGUACAUCGCUGAGCCCAGCAUGCACUCCAUGCCGGCUGUUACACUCUCUCCCAACGGUAAAUGGCUAGCCUGUCAGUCCAUGGACAACCAGAUCCUGAUCUUUGGGGCCCAAAACCGCUUCCGACUGAACAAGAAGAAAAUCUUCAAGGGCCACAUGGUGGCUGGCUAUGCCUGCCAAGUGGACUUCUCCCCAGACAUGAGCUAUGUGGUAUCUGGAGAUGCGGACGGGAAGCUGAACAUCUGGGAUUGGAAGACCACCAAGCUCUACCACAGGAUCAAGGCUCACGACAAGGUGUGCAUCAGUGCCCUGUGGCACCCGCACGAGACCUCCAAGGUCAUCACCUGCGGCUGGGAUGGACAGAUCAAACUCUGGGAUUAGACCUGUCCCGGUCAAGACAAACAGCGGACGGUUUUCCCAUGGAUUUUGUGGUAUAACAGUGAAAGCCACAGGGCUGGUAUCCAGUCUUAUUGUAGCAGAGUAUUUUUGUACACCUUGAAGAGAACUGGUUAUGAGUAUUCAUGUAUCAUCUGUACAAAGAUAAACACACACAUGUUUGAAAGUUGUUCCUACUGCAAAAAGGUAUAUCACAGGGUUAACUUGCCAUAUUUUAAUCUUUGGUUGUUUUAAUUUGUCAUGUCAGUUGUGUCGUAUUAAUUUUUUUUAAUGAAUGGAAAAAAAACAUUCUUCACUUUUGAUUAUGUGGCUAUGCCUUUGUGGAAAUAAACAUUUUGUACAUUUUGCCUGUCAAGAAAAGUGGUGUUUC